AUGGAAAAAACGUGGAGAUGUAAUUCCUGCCUAGUGGUUAACACGGAGGAGGCCACAGAAUGUGCGUGUUGUAUGCAAAAGAGGAGCAACGAGGAUGUUAAAACAAACGGAAAUUUUAUGAAAAAUGGUAACGAAAGCGAUUUUGGUAACCUAACCGAUAGUGAAAAAAAAAGAAGAAAAAAAAAUGACGACAACUCCUCCAUUAAUACAGACACAAAUGUUGAAGCACAUGCCACAAAUUCAACAGAGGACACCAAGUAUAGUGAAAAUACACAUGAAGGUAAAAGUAGCAUAUUCGAUGGAGAUGGUUUUAUGCCAUCGUUCAAGCAAUCCCCUAGUAUACUAUCGUCAAAUAAAAGCAUUUUCAUAACGGCCGCGCUAAAUAGUAAUGCCACCACCGCAACGAGCGGUACCAGAACUGUCCCAUUUGAGGACUCCAAUGGGCACAUUAAACAGGACAAAACGGGGGAGAAUAACGCCACUCAAGAGAAAACCAAAAAGUCCAUUGAAAAAGGCAGACAGAGGAAGAGAGCAGCAGACAAACGAGAGAGAGCGCCAUCUACGCGAAUACAACCUGUUCGAAAAUGCACACAAAAAAAAAUAAACUACAGGACGUAA